CGGGGGCGAGCGAGACCAUGGCUAGUACUAUGAUAGCCAUCGGUCUGACAAUAGCUGCCGCUGGAUGUGCAGGACGUUAUGCGUUCCAGGCCAUGAAGAAGAUGGAACCGCAAGUGAAGCAGGCUCUUCAGUCUCUGCCAAAAUCUGCCUUCAGUGGUUAUUACAGAGGAGGAUUUGAACCCAAAAUGACCAAGAGGAAAGCUGCUUUAAUAUUAGGAGUCACUCCUACCGCUAACAAAGGAAAAAUCCCAGAAGCUCACAAACGAAUCAUGCUUUUAAAUCACCCCGAUAAAGGUGGAUCUCCAUAUAUUGCAGCCAAAAUCAAUGAAGCUAAAGACUUGCUGGAAGGCCAAGCCAAGAAAUGAACAUCUUACCUAUAAAGAAAGUUGACCAGCUCGGCAAAUGAUGGUACGGAA